UGCAAAGGUGGGUCUGUACUUUCAAUUCCUCCUGCGAACGAUCCUGAGGGAUUUAUCUGGUUUAUUUCAGCAGAGUGACUGGAUUGCUGUGGAAACAUGCCUUUCUAAAGGCAAUUUUCUUUUAUUAUUGCUAAGCGAGUAUUUUAGAACUAUACGUAUAUAUUAUACUCUUCUCAAGAUGAAGAAAUCAAGCACGUUGAAUAAGCUUUUUGGAAAGAAAAAUUCAAAUAAUAAUAAUUCUCUGUAUGCUGACAACCCACCGUGGAUUUUGACGCAGGGAGCCAAGAAAGGUUCUGAUCCUUACUCAGAUGCUGUGGUGAACUCGUUUUCUUUUCUGGAUGACUCUGGAACUGCAACUUUGAAAUCUAGACCUGGACCCAGGGCCAGACCUGUGCUUCAGUUCUCAACUAGUAACACAGAGACACAGGGAUUGGCAGUGCCAACACCAUCCAUUCCAGCUAAUUUUCCUGACAAUGGGUACCAAGGUAAUGGGUCAAAAUUAAAUGGAAACUACCGAAUGUGCAGCUCAGUUGGAGAUUUGAGACAAAUGAACUACUAUGAAGACAACCUUGACGAAGAAAUCCCUGCACCACCAUCUGUGCCACCACCUCCUCCACCAACCAUGCCACCACCUCCUCCCCCUAUUCUACCUCCACCUAACGAGAGUCCACCACCAUCUACAAUAUCCUCUCCAGCUUCUCCAAGCCCACCUGACUUUAUACCACCAACACCAAAUUAUUCUACGCCUGUGGUACAAAAUUCUGUUGCUCCUGUUCCCCCUAAUAUUAUGUCAGUUGGUGAACAACACCAGCAAAUGCAAAAUGCCACCAAGUGGAAAUCUGAAACUCGUCUCAAUUCAUUACCAACAGAUGGACCUGUGGGUUUGCCUAAUCGUUUUUCCUUAAAUCCGAAUAUAUUGUAUAAACCUGGGCAGACAAACCAUUACGCAGAACCUCAUUCUACAUUGCCACGGUCCUUCAAAAUUCCUCCUCCUGCCCCAACUAGGAUCUCUUCUAUGCAAACAAUGUUCCAGCAAAGUGAUAAUACAAAUAUCAAUAAUGCAAACGAACCUCCAAGCUCCCCAGUUCCCUCAAGUUUUAACCCUAAUGUCCAAGCAAAACUCUUCACCAUCGCACAAGGACAAAAAUCUUUAAAUGAUACAUUAAACAAGAGAAAAUCCAUGCUAAUAAUGGAAGAUCCACACUCUGCAAUUCAGAGCAUAGAUCAAAUAAUUGAAAAGGCUGCUAAUAAGGAGUCAACUGAAGUUGAACAAAAGUAUAAUUCCAUUGUAAUUAACCAAAAAGCAUUAAAUCCGUCGCCAAUGGUUUCAGUUAAAAAUCAGACUAAUGCAGAAUCUAAACAUCCUCAGAGCAGUACAGAGUUUAAUAAAAUCACACAUGAGGUGGUCAAUGACUCAGAAUAUCUGUCUGAAGCCCCACCCACACCACCACCACCACCUACAUCCCCUCCACCUCCACCACCAUCUAUGGCUCCGCCAUGUCCACCAUUUGUGCCUCCACCACCUGUCUCAAGAGCACCAACAAUACCAUCUACAGGUUCACCUGCUCUAUCUCCAAUACCACCAGCAUUGAAUCCUCCAGUGGCUCCACCUGCUCCUACAUGUAUCCCUCCCUUGCCUACUAUUUCUCAAAAGUCUCCUUCACUGUCUAAAAAAAGUGGGAUAAUCACUCCUGCACCACCAUUAAUGGUUCCCCCACCUCCACCACCAAAGGCACCCCCAGCACCUCCACCAUUACCACCACCUGCAACUCCAUCUAACCAAUCCUCACAGCAACCUUUACUCAAGGCACUGCAGGCAAGAGAGGAAAGUCUCAAACAGAUUCAGAGAAAUAAUAAAAUUGAGAUUAAACCUGCUGAACCACCUUUGAACUUGAAGAACAACGAUGAUGAUCAGAAAAAUAGAGUUGGUAAAAUCAAGGAAGAGCUGGAAGCCCUCUUGUCAUCACCAAAGAAAGAUGACAAGAAAAUGUUCAACCUCAAUAAUUCACGACCAGGAAUAGAAGGAAAUAAGAAGCAUCUUAAUGUCAAGGGUGGAGAAAAUACAUUGGUUAACUCUUUAAUGUUGAAAGUCCCUCUCUUACCUGCCAAACCUGAGAAAGAGGAUACUGAUACAGACAACUCUGAGUGGCUUCCUAAAAGUAACAAUAAGGAUAUUCAAAUUCCUGAGCCAGACUAUUUUCCACUCAGAAAUACAAAAGACUCUGUUCCUAAAACACCUCCUAUAGAAGUGAAAAAUCCCUCAGUAUUCCCACCUCCAGUGCAGGUACCACCUUCACCACCAAAAGCAACAAAUAUAUCAAAUAUUGGAAAUAAUCCAGUAACCUCAUACAAGGCACAUCAUCAAAGGAAAGCAUCAGCAGGUAGCUGGACAUUUGAUACAGAGUCAUCAAAAUCUGAUACAGGGCCAAGUGUAGAGAAAGAUAAUGUCUCUGAAUCUGAAGAAAUCCCAUCACCGAAACAAACAUCCACACAAUCUCCAACUUCUCCACGUGACAGUGUACAUGAACAUCCUAGUACUGGAGAAAAAAUUGAUGCUGGAUCACCAAUGGCAUUGCUCUUGGCAGCAAAGAAGCGUGCCCAAAAUGGACCACGAGCUCGAUCUACAGACCGUAGUAGUUUGCCUAAAGUUUCUGUUACAAAUGGAUUUGUUACCAGUUCAUUCACCUCUCAGCACAGAGAUGGGAAUACAAACACUUUUGUUGUUGUGCCCAAUCAAGAGACUAGACGACAGGUUUCUCAAGAAGGUAGUUUGGUGUCUCUAAGUGACCCUUCAACUGGAGCUAAUCGUAUGAGCAGUGAUACAGAAAGCUCUCAGAAUAAAUCAAGCUGGAGAAACUUUGAAUUUCAAACCUCAAAUGUAGGUGGUGCACCUCCGUUCAGAGAGAAUGAAGUCUUCAGAGGUCAAAGGACACAAUAUGACAGAGUUAUGGAUAUUUCUGUAAAUCCAGACAUACUGACGAAAAGUGAUGACUAUCGGAGUUACAAAUCAGAACUCCAGCAUAGUCAAAUUCAGUCUACAAUUGAUUCUCCAGUUUCUAACAACAUGUUGCACCAGAAUGACUUACUCCACUUUAAUAUUUCCUCUUUUCCAUCCCCCACUCCAGCCCCAAAACCCAUUGAAGACCUGGAGUUUAAAAUUAUUCCACCUCCUGCAGAAUUCAUGAACAGUCCAGAGCCAAGUAUGAAUGAUCUUGGUAAGCAAAACAGAACAUCGAUUUAUAGUGAUGGUAUGAAGUCUGAUUUUGGCAUGCCAAUCAAUGACUUCAAUUCUAGAACAAAUAAUUCCUUGGCAUCACAAACAACUGAAAGCACCAGGGAUUACAAUAGAUACACUAGUACUGAUUACAAUACUGGAGUCACCAGAGAUUCACAUAAAAGCUCUCUCAUUAAGAAACGAUUGUAUAUGCCUGAGCCAGAAGCCCCUAGAAAUUAUGUAAGAUCUUCUUUAGGUUUGUCCAUGCCUUACAGUCAAAUGCAAAUUCAGUCUAAUUCCACUAUGGCUGCAGACCCACGUCGUUCCACUGCUCCUACAUCAAGAUACCUCGCGCAGGGAAGGAGAGUGUCCUCUGAAAAUCUAAAUAGAAUGGCACCUGUGAAUGACCUGAAAUACAAACCUUCAAAUCCAGAAUAUCCUGUCAACAAAGCCGCAACCAGUAGGCCACAGAGCAGCUAUCAAGGAAUGACCUUCACAGUCCGACCAGGCACAAGGCAGCCUAUCACCAAUUCAUAUCAAGGAGGCUACCUCUGAAGUUCCAGUCAACAUCUGCCUAUACAGAUCUUCUGAUGUUAUGUAAAGGUAGACAAAAGGUUUCCAGAUCAAAGUCAUCUCUGUACUUACUCAAACGUUGUGUAAAAAUGAAAUU